AUGAGUUUAAGUCUUAAAGGUUCCCAAAUAAGUCCAUGCAAGUCAGCAGUUAGCAGUAGUCGUUCGACCACAAGAAUAUAUAACGACAACUCUCGAACAAGAAAUGUGAGAGAGAUUAUUAGAAGCAAUAAAAAUCCUUUUCGAGGCCCAGAAGUUUCUUCUAGUGCUUCAGAACCAUUGGUUGAACAGAAGUUGGAAUCCCCUGACAAUUUAAUUACUAACGACGAUGAAAACCUGCUCAUCGAUUUUAAUAACACAAUUCACACCGAUUCAUUAACAUUUAGGAGAGACAAAUGUAGUUCGUGGUCGAGUAACUCAAAUGAUAAAAGUGUUUCAAGAUGGCUUGAAACACAUUUUCAUGACCAAAACGAUAGUGAUUUCAUAUGGGACGGUCAACAUGACAAUGACAUAUUGACACCAUGCUCAGACAAAAAAGGUGAGGACUUCAAAUGUGGACAAAAUUUGGACACGAUAGGGGAUAGUUUAGACUUGAAUAUAAAUCCAAGAUUAGGAAAUAUCUGUAUGGAUUUGAACGAAGUUUCAGGUGAUGAUGGUGAUUUACAAUACACAGAUAUCAAUGAGAAAACAGAUACUCCACCUCCAUGUUUAGUCAGACCUUCAUCUAAUUCAAUCAACACUGCACGCCAGAUAAGUGGUUUCAAUGAUGAAUUAAAACUGAUAACCUCAACUUCGUAUGAUGACAAUCGACGUAAUUCCGCAGCGACUGUUAUACAAAAAUUUUGGAGACUUCAUAGGAAAAGAUAUUUAGCAGCGGAAGCCGUAAUGUAUCGUCUGCUUGACAAUCAAAAACGCAGAUUAAGUAAACAGAACAUGAAUAAUGGACGACCCAUUCAUUCAGUUCUACAAAGUCGUCAAAAUGAGUUAAAACGGAAAAGGAAACAACAACACCAAAAUGCUAUUAAAAUUUUGCAGGAGAAUCGAUCCUCUAAAAGUUCGCAAAGUCAAGAAACUUUAGAGGAUAAGGCAGAAGUAAAUGAUAUGUCUGAAUCAAUUCUUGUAUCUGGUAACCGAAAAGACCGUACAAAUGAAGACAAAUCAAACAUUGUGAAUAAGCCUAUAUCUACUACCAAUGCUAAUCAAUGUAAAACUUACAGCUCUGAUAUUCAUAUUACCACGACUACAGAACAAAAUGUACACAAUGAAGUUGAACAAGUCUGUAGGGAGAACAGCAGUCUCUGUCAGACUGAGUUUUGCGGUCUACGGAAAGAUGGAAAUAACAGGGCACUUGGUCAACAAGAAAAUGUAUCUGGGGAAAAGAAUAUGUCAGCUGUAGAUAACAUAUUUCAGGAAUUAAAACAGCUAGAAAGUGUGGAAUUCUUAAAUUAUUGCCCAACGAAUGAUCAAUGUAUUGAUGUCUCAAAACAGGUUUCCUCGCAGAAGUGUCCCAUUCCAACUACAUGGUCUGAAAUGGUCAAGGAUAUUAGUCGUGUCCUAUCUGAGGCUGAACAAGAUGAAGUGCAUUCAGUCAACUUCAGGAAAUAUUGUAAUGUUCAACGAUCUACAGGCUUAAAAGGUGUUCGAAAUCGAUCUGAUUCUACAUUAUCCAAUUAUUCUUCACUUGGUCAGUCAAAUUGGUCUGGUUCAUCUACAAUAACUACAAACAGACAUACGUUCCUGAGUGAAGAGAAUUUGCAUUCACAUACCAAACAUAUGGAACGGGUUUGUUCACGGCAAAAGGCCCAAAAAGAACUGGAUCAAUCUAUAUCUCAAUGUCGAGAAAAAUUGACUACUUUCAUCCAGUCAAAUCAUAAUAAUGUAUGUCAUAAUCUUCCAGAACCAAAAGGCGGUGAUACUGGUACUAAUCAACACACAAAGUAUUCUAAGAGUCGAAACUCUGCUACAUCACAAAGACCAUCUUCUGUAAAAAAUCAAACAACUUCUAGAUCUUUACAAUGUAACUGCUUUAAGAGCCCUAUGAAUCUAUCAAAUGCUCAUUUGCUGCAUACAAAUUCUGUUGGAACAAAAGCUGAAAGUAAAUUGUCUUACAAAAGUCAUAUGGGGCGUAGUACACAAAAUCUUUAUGAUAAUGUAUCACUGAAGGACGGAAUGAAGCAGAUAAUUCAAAGCGACGAUGGACGUAUCACUACUGACAAUGAAUGUUUGAUGUUGGAACUUGAAGAGAAAAAAGGUCAAAUAAAACGCUUACAGAGAAUUAUAGAGCAUCAAAGAGAACUGUUUUUAAGGCAGUCGGAAGACACACAGCGAGAUGGUGAUCGAAGAAUAGAAUCAAUUAAAGCUGAUUAUGAAUGUACAAUUAACCGAAAUUAUAAACUAAUUGAUGAACUAAUUGAAGAGAAAAAAGUACUUCAUACAAAAUGUGAAGAAUUUUUAGAAGAACUAAAGACAGUGACAAAGAAAACGAACGAAAAAAUCAAAGCACUUGAAGAAAGACACAAAGUCGAGAUGCGAAAAGUAGAGGCCAAACAUUUAGCUGCGGAAAAGCUGCGCCGGGAAAAGUGGGAGACAGAAAAAGCAAAACAUUUUAAAGAAGUUACUAUUCGUGGAAUGGAAAAUGAAGUAGCCCAAAUGAUCACAAAUCACAAGGCUGAAAUGGCAAGUUUGCGUCAGUCAUGCACUCAACAAAUUCAAGCAGCUGAUGUACGCGCCUAUCAAGCUUAUAUUAGUCACAUUGAAGAACUAAAACAGACGUUGAUAAAAGAAAAAGAUGAAGCCUGCUGUAGAGAAAGAGAACUUGUUGAACAACGAUUAAAUCAAACUUUAGCAGAAGAACGUAAUUCUUUGGAAGCCCAUAGACGUAGAUUGUUAGAUGAGAUUUCUGAUGAACGUGAAAGAUUGGCAUUGGCUGCAUCUAAACAAAGGGCUGAAAUGGAUACUCUUAGGAACAAUUUAGAAGUUGCCUUGACACAAGCUAACGAACAACAUAAAAUGGAAAUUGAACAAUUAAGGGCGGAUUUGAUUCAAAGACAUAAGGAUGAAAUAGCUGAGUUGAAUCAACGUAAUUUGGCUGAACGUACAGCAUGGGAAGAACAUACUAAGUCAUUGUUGGAAUCCCAGUAUACUUCUAGAGAGACUAUACUGAAGGAACAGCUCAAGAAAGAACGAGAUCGCUUGUUAGAAUCUGCAGUUCAACGUCUUGAAGCUGAAGCAAAUGAAGCAAGGUUAGAAACUGAUCGUCAAGCAGAACUGAAGGUGAAACGUGUACGUGAAAAAUUCCAAGCUGAAAUAGAGGAACUUGAAAGAUCAGAGAGACAAGCAAUGGAGAAAUAUUGUCUGAUGAAGACUCAAUUUUUAGAUAAAGAGCAUGAAGCAGAUAGACUUCGGUCACAGUUGACGCAGAAAGAUCAGGAGUUAGCUGAAGUUCGCGUAUUAUACGAAAAACUUAAUCAAGAACGCCAAAACAUUUCAGAUGUAAUACGUCAGGAAUUUGCUGAUCGCCUUGUUUAUGUGGAAGAAGAAAAUAGGUCGAUGAAACGUGAGUUAGCCGAAAUGAAGGCCCGUUUAAAGGCUGAACAAGAAAGACAUGAAAAAGAAAUUGAUGCUAUUAAGAAAUUGAACAACUCAGAAAUAGAAACAGUUCACCUAAAAAUUAAAGAGAUCAUUAAAAAGAAAGAGGAAAAAUUCGCCAUAUUGCGAGAAAGCUUUCAAAAUGAACUUGAGAAGAAGGAUCGUGAAUUGGACGCAGCCAAUCAGAGAGCUCAACAUUUGGAAGAGUUGAUAGACCAUCAAAGCAAACAGUUUCUACAAGCCAAUCGCUAA